UGUCAGCAUAUACCUGGUAUUUACAGAGUUGUUUAGGUUAGACUGGACAGUUCAGUUGAGGAACAAUUUAAGUUAGAUUAUGUUUAAGUUGUGAUAUAAAAUUCAAAAUCAUGGAUGCAGUAUCUAAAACAUCUGGUUACUCUCGUAAAAAUGUUGAAGAUUAUUCAAAUUUACAAGAAAUUUUGGCAGAGAUAGAAGCAAUGACAAGAGACAACUUUCUUCAAACUCAAGCGAAUGAAGUUAUGGAACGGUAUUUGCGCAAGAAGAAUCCAAACCUAUUAAUUGGUUUAGAUAGGCCAAUGAUGGAACACCCAGCGUUCAGAGACGUGUAUAUGAGCCGAUCUCUCUCCACAACAGCAUCACUAGACUCCUCGACCUUGACACUCACUCGCACCUCCACCAGUUCAAGCCCUGUCCUCACAUCUCGUAGUGCUCUUCAUUCAUCCAUGGCUACCAACAGGAUAAAUAUUAUUUACCGUAUUGAGAUGGUGGAGAGAGAAAUGGAAGAGGGAAAGAUGACAAUGGAUAAGCUGAAAAAAAGAUUUCAUUCUGCAAAAUUUCUUCUUCAAACGGAAGAAGAAAACUUUUGCUCACAACUGGAUACGUUACAAGAGAGUAAGAAAAACUUUGGAAAUUUUAUCAAUGAAGGUACAGACAAGAAAACUGGACGUGUAUUCCAAGAUAAAUUUCUAAGGUAUUUAGAGAGCGAGCUCCAAUUGAAGGACCGAGAUCUGAGGAAGAUGAAGCUAAAGACAAAGACUUAUCAGACAGAGUAUAGUAGAAUGAAAUCACAGCAACAGCAAAAGUUAGAACUGCGAGAGCGACUACACCCUGUAGACUUGGACAAGCUCCAGAUUGAGAACCAGGAGUUGCUGCAAGUGCUAGACUUCAAGACCAGAGACCUUCUUGACCUCAAGAGAACUGUUGGAAGAAAGGGUCAAAAUCUGGUAUCGCUGAAGUCAAAGUUAAAUGAUACAAUUCUCUCUCUCAAGAACAUGUCUCAAGACAUAAAGCUAAAAGAGGCCAAGUAUACCUUUACUGAAAAUAAGGAAGCUCAAAAUUUAAAUGAUUUGGUUACUGCUGAAGUUUUGAAUCAAAGCAUCAAAAAGCUCAACAGCACAUUUAAGAGCCCAGAUGUCCACAGUUAUCUGAAAAUGGAAAUGAACUUGAAUGAGCUACGUAUGGAGCAACAAGUCUGGGAACGACGUUGCCGCAACCAAAGACAAACCAUAAUCUUGCUGGAACACCAGCUUAAGCAGACAACUCCGGUGAGCUACUCCCGCUCCAGGUCCACCUUCAGAACCACAAGGUCAUUCAGUUCAAAAUCAGCUGAUUCCACACUGAGACAGAAAGACAAAAUGAAUUUCCCACACGCUACUCCAACAACACCAAUGCUGCUGUAGCUAUAAAACUUCAGACUGAUCUGUUUUGUGAUUUCCAAAUAAACUUUGGGUACCUAUAGAGUGAGA